GUUCAUCACUUUUCGUGUACUGAAGCGUUUGGCAUCAAUCCCGUUGUCUGUCUUCUCUCGCAGGUAUGUGUCCCAUGGGCAGACGUAAUCCGCGCUAGUGUCAUGAAGCCGGGAACUCCGCAUCUAGUGAUUGUGAACUACACCUCACCGACCAAUCGGACUCCAGUUUCCAGCUUCGAUUCGAGUGUCGCCAACUUUCGAAGUUGUCGCAAUCCUGAGGGUCGAAUGGCUAAGCCAUGGUGCUACGUGUCCGCAGUUUCAUUUACGGGCAAUUCAUUGAACUCAUACCUCACCACGGUGGGAUAUCGCAAAGCGCCAUGCAAAGUGGACAUGUGUGAUCACUCAAGCCACAUGGGACUGCCUCUGGAUUUUGGUGACGAGUGUCCAUCGGGCUUCCUAACCCAAGUUGGGAAGACUGCAUCCCCGCAGGGAGAAAUUUCCACAGUUUACUGUGUCCUCUCGGCUAAGGGACUGCGGAACACGGAGAAAGGUCGAUUCAAGAAUUUCUGCAUGUUUUUACUUAAUCAGAACCGCGAGACCUGCCCUAAAGCUGACGUGGUGUUAAAAGAAAGUGAUCCUGCCUUUAGUUCUUCACCUUCCUCCACUCCUAAACCUCCUCCAGACUUUGAAGUUUUAGCCAACUGCAUCUUGUAG